AUGCCCCUUGAGCUUGAAAACGUAAAAUCAUUAUUACCGCCAGGUAUUACUCUUUUACCUGGCGAAACAAUAGAAUUUAUAGAUAGAACAAGCGCAAUCAAAUUAUCUAAAGAGACUUCAGAUGGAGGCUUUGUUGAAUGUGGUUACGACACUGAUGAAUUUUAUGGCCAAAGGGACACUGCAAAUGAAUCUAUUGUUCUAAUAACAAAUUACAGAACAUGUUAUCAUCCUAUAAGAAAUUACUCUGAUCACCUGGCCACGACAUCUUUAACAACCAGGUUAACUUCAAUAAUAUCACUCACAACACAAAUUCCUCACCUUUCUGUCUCUUCAUUAGAAGAAUCACAAUCACAAAUCACAAUAUCUCUAAAGUUCUUUCCAUCAAAGUAUUUAUUUACAUUCUCGAAAUCAAAAAGGUCAAAUUUCUCCUUUGAAAAUAACGGAAAUAUUACCACUAUCCAAUCUAAUAACAAUUACAAUAAUAAUUCAUUAUGUAUGAAAUUUGCCUUUAUAUUAAAAGACUUUGUUAAUCCUGAUGUACUGGAAAAUGUUUUUGCAUUUCAUAUGGGAGAAAGUUACAUCUCUCAAAGCAAUGAUGAUGAUGAUAGUAAUAUUAUUCAUAAAGGAAUAAAUGAAGAAACAUUUCAAUGUUAUAAAAAAUUAGGAUGGACGUCAGGUUACCAAAUAGAGAAGGAGUUUAAACGUUUGAAGAUGGAUAACGAAUCAUGUAGAUUUCCUGUUGUUUGUUGGAAAAAAGGUCAUCAUGUUUUGAUGCGUAGUGCUCAACCAAUGGUAGGGUUUUUUUCUUCGCGUGGUUUGGAAGAUGAAAUUUUAAUUCAAGAAGUUUUAGGUGCAGUCAGUGAGGAGGAACAAGAAAUGGCUAAAGCAAAACAAAAGUAUUUAGGUUUUGAAAUAGGAAGUAUUUCAGAUGGCAAACUUACUAGAAAUUCUAUAAAUUUUGAUGAAAAAUGUCAAAUGAAAAUGUGCAUUUUGGAUGCAAGAAAUUUCACUUCUGCUUUUUCAAAUAUUUAUAAAGGUGGUGGCUAUGAAAAUAUAGGAUUUUAUCCACAAAAUACUACACUGGAAUGGCUGAAUCUUCCAAAUAUUCAUGUUAUUUCAAAUGCACAUUCAAAACUAUUACGUGAAAUAGCAACAAAUGCCUCAUCGCCUAAUUGGUUUUCAGUAUUAGAGUCUACAGGAUGGUUGAAUUGUGUAGCUGGUUUGCUUAAAGCAGCUGGAGGAAAAAAUGGAGUGGUAUCCAAGAUAGUUGAUGAUGAUUCUAGUGUGCUAGUGCAUUGUACUGAUGGUUGGGAUAGAACACCACAACUUGUUUCACUUGCACAAAUAAUGUUAGAUCCAUAUUAUCGUACUUUGAAAGGGUUUAGGGUGUUGAUCGAAAAGGAAUGGAUGGCUUUUGGUCAUCAAUUUAGAGCACGUGGUGAACUCCCGACUAAAUUAUCUUGCAGUGACUAUAGCAGGAAAAAAGGCAACGAUAACAAUAACAGAAAACAAUUUCCUACAUUGUUUGAGUUUAAUGAUUUUUUGUUGUUGUGUCUAGCUCGUGCAUCGGCUGGAAAUUCGCCUUACGGUGAUUUUCUAUGUAAUUCUGAAUUUGAAAGAGAAAUAAUUAGGUUGCGUGAAAGAACUAGAAGCAUAUGGUCAUGGGUGCACGAACAUCGACAAUGCUGCUUUAAAUUUGACCAUGCAUGGAAAAAAGAAGUUUUACGUCCUGAAACUGGCGCCAGGGUAAUAACACUAUGGUCUGAUUAUUAUUUUCCAAAAGAUGAUAAUUCAAUAGCGUUAUUAUCAGUACCACCUGGAUCUGAGAUUAUGUUUACUCCAGGAAUUAAAAUGCCCGAGAAAUUAUUAUUGACAAUGUGUAAAAAAUUGGUAUUGAACAAUAAAAAAAUCGAAAAUAAAGAGGAAUACGGUGGCGAAGAUGAAGAUGAUAAUAAAAUAUAUGUUGAAGAUAUGCUUCUUAAUUCGGUAUUACAGGAUGGUGUCAGAUCUGUACAUAAUGAUGCAACAGACAUUUCAAAAUCCUUACUUUUAGGUCAAUCAGAUUAUAUUGAUUUAAAAGGAUUAUCAAGCUCGGACAAAGUUCCCUUAAAAGCAUUAAGAAAAAAAAUUGAAUCAUUAACAACUCGCACAAACUUUAAAAAAUCUUUUACAUGA